ACACAAAAAUGACAUUGUCUCCACCAAGACAAGCACCACCACCACCACCACCACCACCACCACCACCACCACCACCAAGAUGGCGCCAAAAACAAUCAUUCUACUACUCAUGGUGAUGCAAGGCGCUUAUGGCUACUACCGCCGCCACCACCACUUCAUGAAACUGUUCCACCCUACGGGACACAACUGUAGCCAUGCUGUGGCUGGUGGGGUUCCGGUUGACCCUGAUAUGGAGCUAACUACUGGACAGUAUUUCAGCGUGGCAGGAGAUUACUACGUGAAGGAUUAUGUUGUGCUCAGGUUUUAUAUUUGCCCUGAAGAAAUCCCAUCAAUGAUAACAAAGCCUUGGAUGUUUGAUUGCUGGAACAGAGUGCCAGUGCCCAUCACUAAGGACUCUAGCAAUGCCCUGCUGGACCUGAAACUGAUAUACUACCACAAUUUAGCUGUCACUAGAAUCAAAAUACCCAGGAACAUCACCUGUAACCGCUGUGGUUUGCAGAUUGAGGCAGAGGUGAGGGAAUGCAUGAACUGCCCAGUAAAGGAUUCUGCAUCAACCUGUGCCUUUAUCAGCAUCAACCACAUUGUCGACUCUCCACCAAAUCAUCCAGGCAGACCCAAUAAGCAUUCCUGGCAGAAGAGACCCACUGGACCCCAAAAGUACAUACCAAUGGGGCCCUACAGAUCCGGAAGACCCUCCAGACCAGGCAGGAGUGUGGGAACGCACAGACCAGGACCGUAUUAGAAGCAAGAGAGUCCAGUGUCAGAGGUUGUGUCAAGAUAAGAGGAGCCACUUAUCCC